AUGCAUGAUAUGGACACUCGAAGAAAGUAUUUGUAUCGUGCAUCUACUGCAGCUAAUAAGCCUGAACCUAAAUCAACUGAACCUAAAUCAACUGAAUAUCGUUUCGUUGAAAAAUAUGGCCAUAUUAAUGUUGAUUAUGAAUCGGUACAACGUAUUCAAAGUAUUCACAGUAAUUUUAUCAUAUUCAUUAUGGAAGCAGAAUGGUGGCUGGUUAUUACACUGUUCGUAUGUGGUUUUGUAUCAAGUUGGAUCAUGUUUGCCUUUCUAUAUUUUCUCGUUUCAAUUGAACAUGGUGAUUUUGUGUUAACAGCAGAAGAACAACAAUUACUUGAUAUUAAUGCUACACUGACUCCGUCUAGUCGUGAAACGUGUGUACAUGAUGUUCACGAUUUUUUUAGUGCAUUGUUAUUUUCAAUUGAAACUCAAUUAGCAAUUGGAUAUGGAUCAAGGUAUAUAACAACGGAAUGUAUGGGAGGUGUUUUGUUGUUAACAAUUCAAUCGACAUUAGGCUAUAUUUUACAAGUAAUCGUAGCUCAGGUUGUCUUUACAAAAUUAUCAAGACCAACAGAAAAAUCACAAUAUGUUGUAUUCAGCGAGAAAGCUGUUAUUCUACCACGUGAUAACGAAUUGGGACUUGCAUUUCGCAUAGGAAAUUUAUCAUCAUCACAAAUGAUAUUUGCCAACGUUCGUCUGCUUAUGAUUCGUUCACGAACAACUGAAGAAGGUGAAAUAAUACCGCAUCAAAUUUACGAUAUGGAAUUAACUCGAUUACGAAAUGGACAAUUAUUUUUUCCUCGUCCAACAAUUGUUGAACAUAUUAUCGAUCGAAAUAGUCCUUUAUAUAGUAUUCAACGUGCAACAUUACCAAAACAAAAGUUUGAACUCAUUGCUAUUAUCGAAGGAGCUUUUGAUUGUACAGGUUUCUCAUGUCAUUUUCGUACAUCCUAUUUACCCAGUGAAAUUUUAUGGGGUUAUCGAUUUGGAUCUUGUGAUAGUUCGCUACAAGGUUUCGAUUAUAAAAAAUUCAAUGAUGUUGAUUUGGUGGAUGGACGAGCGACAUGGGUAUACGAUAGAAAUACUAGUCCGGAAAUAGGGAUAGACAAUGUAACUAAUUAUUUUUCAGUACCAGAUUUACAAAGUGAACUUCUAAAUACGGUAAGCGAUUCGACAAUAAUCACUUCCCUACCACAAAGAAAAAAAAUAACACUUAAAGAGACAAAAUCAGAGCCUGAAGAUACAGAAGACGAAAUGGAAGAAAUUAUUGUUGAACAAAAACCAUUAAUGUUCACAACUUCAAGACAAGCACGCAAACAUGUUUUAAAUACAUCACCUCAGAUCUUAAUAGAAUCAAACAUAUAUUGA